AUGGUACUUCAGGUCGUCGUCAGCGCGGUUACAUAUGCUGUGACACCAGAGGAUGCUCUUGUGCCCUUAUGGCGAGAUAUGCGCAUGAUACCUGUCUACGUUGCAGUCGUGUCGAUAGUUAUGGCGGUUCUUUUGUCCGUCUCUCGUGGCCUGCAUGGCACGGUUUCCGAGGUCACCCGCCCACACCAGCGAAACAUCACCGGCAAUAACCUACGCACUCAUGUCCUCCUGCUAGGCGGAAUUAGGAUCUACGCCUUUAGAGUUGCUCGGACGAUAUGUGUGUUGGCUUUACUCGUCCUCUACGCGUACGAGUUUGUGCGCGACGUUAGCUUGCGCGAUUACCCGAAACAAAUGACGAAGGACGAGAUACUCGAACUUGUGCUCUUCUUGACUUAUCUCUACGCUUCCGGUCUGGCUCUCCUCAACGUCGUAGCGGAAGCUUCGUUGGCUCGGACAGCUGCACCCCACCUGGUGCUCAUCCUGCUCACAAGCUGCGCAGUGUACGGCCUUCGGAACGUAUGGCCACUCAUGACCUACACGCUUCAACCAGUCGACGAGGGGGCAGGCGCACUUCUAUGGGUCAAGAUUGCUCUGCUCGCUGUAGCGGGAAUAGUCAUUCCGCUCAUCGUGCCCCGGCAAUAUGUUCCUGUAGACCCAAAGAACCCGUCUGCAGAACCCAACCCGGAGCAGACAUGCUCACUCCUAUCGUUGCUCACGUACAGCUUCUUGGACAAACCCAUAUUCGCUGUGUACAACAAUCCUCUUCUGGCCUCUGAAACGCUGCCCGAGAUUGCGGACUACGAUCGAACAGUACACCUUGUGGACCGCAGCUUCAAGUACAUGGACGUCUUCUCGGGUGCUCCACGUCAGCAUAUGUUCUUCGCACUCAUGCGCGUAUUUCGGGCGGAGUACGUCAUACUCUCUCUUCUCAUGAUCAUGCGCGCGUGCACCUAUCUCCUUGCGCCCGUGGGCAUCAACCGGCUACUAGCAUACCUCGAGACGGGCGGAGAAGGCGUUACUGUGCGACCGUGGGUCUGGUGCCUGCUGAUGUUCUUCGGCCCGUUGGUAGGUACUGUCACAAUGCAGUAUUAUACUUUCAUCACGACUGGGACGGUAGUGCGCGCCGAAGGCAUCAUCACGCAGCUUAUCUUUGAGCACGCCCUGCGCCUGCGCGUGAAGUCAGAGACAGCGAGUACACCUCCACUAUCUGCGACGCAGACCCCACAGACCGCAUCCGUCGCAGGCACAGACACCGGAGCUGUCGCUAGCGAGGGCCCCGAAUCUCCGAUCGCUCAUCAAGGAGAGGCGGACUCUUCGACUGCCGUUUCUUCGCCAUCUCGAACAAGCACCAAGGGUCCGGACAAGGUCGGCGAUCAGAAAAACAAUGUUGGUAAGGAGGAAAAGGGCGACAACUUUGCCGGAAAGAUCAACAACCUAGUCACCACGGACUUGCAAAACAUUGUGAAUGGCCGCGACUUCACUAUAGCUAUUGUGUUCACCCCGGUCAUGGUCGGCAUGUCCCUAUACUUCUUGUAUCUCGUGUUGGGUUGGAGCGCAUUCGUCGGGAUGGGUGUCAUGGUCACAUGCUGGCCCAUACCGGCAUAUCUAGUGAAGAAGCUGCAGGAGGCACAGAAGACGCUCAUGAAGAAGACGGAUGCACGGGUUCAGGCAGCCACUGAGAUGAUGGGCGUUUUGCGGAUGAUCAAGAUGUUCGGAUGGGAGGGGAAGAUCGCAGAGCGCCUCAGCAUGAAACGCGUUGACGAGCUCCGCUGGCUGCGCACUUCGGAGAUGAUCGACCUCGGUAACGACGGUGUUACGCUGUUUAUGCCCGUCUUCCAGAUGUUAGCCACCUAUGGGACGUUUACAUUGGUGAUGGGAGGCCGGCUUACACCUUCCAUCGUGUUCCCGUCGAUGUCCGUCUUCAUGCUUCUUCGCACCCACAUGGACAUGUUCUUCUAUCUCGCCUCACCGGUCAUCAAAGCAAAGGUCUCUCUGGACCGUGUCACAGAGUUCCUCCGCGAAACAGAGUUACUGGACCGAUACGCACAAAUGCGCGACGGACCGACCUCGAACGGCCUACUUGUUGGACAACCCGCAGAUCCCUCAGUCGUUGGCAUGUGCGAUGCGUCAUUCACUUGGACUGCACCCUCAUCGUCGAUCGAUGGUACUCAGACUCCCUCGCGACGCACCUUCACUCUACGUAUACCGGGAGAGCUCAUAUUUGAGCAAGGCAAGAUCAACCUCAUCGUCGGACCGACAGGCAGCGGCAAGACAAGCUUGUUGAUGGCUUUACUCGGCGAAAUGCACUUUAUCCCUCUCGUAGGAGGAGCAUGGAUGAAUCUCCCGCGCACGCGUGGUAUCGCGUACGCUGCUCAGGAGAGCUGGGUGCGGAACGAGACUAUCCGCGACAACAUUCUCUUUGGCGCUCCCUAUAACGAAGCUCGUUACAAACAAGUCAUACAUCAAUGCGGAUUGAAACGCGAUCUGUCUCUCUUCGAGGCCGGAGAUAAUACCGAGGUCGGCGAGAAGGGUCUGACUCUCAGUGGAGGCCAGAAAGCGAGAGUGACGCUCGCCCGCGCUGUGUACUCCUCCGCGGAUGUACUCCUAUUGGACGACGUGCUUGCGGCCUUAGACGUGCACACGGCCAAGUGGAUCGUUGACAAGUGCUUUAAGGGCGAUCUCGUCCGCGGUAGAACUGUGCUGCUAGUGACGCACAACGUCGCCUUGGCUAGUACUAUCGCCGAUUACGUGGUCUCCCUUGGUGGUGAUGGCACCAUUGCGGCCAGAGGGCUGUACAAGGAGAUUCUUGCCGAGGACAAGGAUCUCGCUGACGAGGUCGCUCAAGAGUCCGAGAGACUCACGAAGAUUGACGAGGGGAUUGAAGAACCCGAAGUUCCGGAUGAUCCAGCGGCUAGCCGGGCCGGCGGGAAGUUGAUCGUGAAAGAAGAAGUUGCGGAAGGACAUGUCUCCCUGCACGCUCUCAACCUCUUUUGGACGGCUCUUGGGGGCGAGCACCCAGUAUUAUUCUGGGUCGCUUUCUUCGUUUUCCUGUUCGGCUAUCAUAUCCUUGCGAAUUCCCAAUCAUUCUGGCUGGGUCGCUGGGCGGAUGCAUAUGCACGUCCCGGAGAUGUGGAUGUUAUUUACUACAUGGCCAACUUCGCCCUGCUCGUUUUCUGCACCACGGUUUCAUACCUCAUCUUUAGCGUCACAUACGUAUUUGGGAUCCUCCGUGCAGCCAAGAAGAUCCACGCCCUCCUCAUCGACUCUAUCCUUGGUACAACACUGCGAUGGCUGGACCAAACACCAGUGUCCAGGGUGAUCACCCGCUGUACCAAGGACAUAAAAUCGAUCGAUGGAAAGCUUGCGGGACAGUUCCGUUGGCUAAUGAGCGUCACCGUGCAGUUAAUCACCCAGCUCAUCGCUAUUGCGCUGAUUACUCCUGGCGUCGUUUUUCCUGGCGUCGCGAUCUUUUGCAUCGGUGCUUGGUUCGGUAAUAUCUACAUGAGAGCGCAGUUACCGGUGAAGCGAGAGAUGAGUAACAAGAAAGCGCCGGUACUCGGUCACUUCGGGGCUGCUAUGACCGGUCUAACAUCUAUUCGAGCAUACGGCGCGGAAGAUGCAUUUCGCAAGGAAUCGUACAAGCGCAUCGAGAACUACACACGAUCUGGUAGGACGUUCUACAACCUCAAUCGCUGGAUCAGCACGCGGAGUGAUGCGCUCGCUGCCCUCUUCCCGUCCGGACUCGGGGUCUACAUGGUCUAUGGGCCAGGUGCCGCAGCCGUCGGCGCCUCCAACGCCGGGUUCUCGCUCGCAAUGGCCACUGCGUUCAGCAACAUGAUACUGUGGUGGGUCAGGGUGUUCAACGACUUCGAAAUUGAAGGGAACAGUCUGGAGCGCAUCCAGGCAUACCUGGAGAUUGAGCAGGAGCCCAAGCCUUUGAAGGAGAAGGUCCCUCCGGCAUCAUGGCCGGCUAGUGGUGAACUGCGUGUUGAAAGACUCUCUGCGCGCUACUCUUCAGAAGGGCCCACUGUCCUCCACGACAUAUCGUUCACUGUUCAAUCCGGAGAGCGCGUUGGCAUCGUCGGUCGCACCGGUAGUGGGAAAAGCUCUCUCACGCUUUCGCUCUUGCGCUGCAUUCAUACCGAAGGCGACGUCUACUACGAUGGUUUCAACACGGCCAACCUCAACCUCGAUGUACUGAGAACCAACGUCACCAUCAUACCUCAAGUCCCUGAGCUGCUGAGCGGAACGCUGCGCGAGAACCUGGACCCAUUCAGCGAACAUGACGACGCAGUCCUCAACUCGGCAUUGCGUGCGUCGGGUCUAUUCUUGUUGCACAGUGAGACGGACGAAGGCCGCAUCACGCUCGACUCACAGAUCUCGAGCGGCGGCGGCAAUUUAAGUGUUGGUCAGCGCCAAAUCCUGGCUCUUGCCCGUGCUCUUGUGCGCGGUAGCAAGCUGCUUAUCCUGGACGAAGCGACAUCGUCGAUCGAUUACGACACGGACACCAUUAUUCAGUCUUCGCUUCGCCAUGAACUUGGUAGAGACGUGACGCUUCUCACCGUCGCCCACCGUCUGCAGACGAUCAUGGAUGCUGAUAAGAUCAUGGUUCUUGACGCUGGCCAUGUUGUCGAAUACGACAGCCCGAAGGUUCUCCUGAAUAAAGAGGGCGGCUAUCUCAAGUCGCUUGUGGACGAGAGUGGCGACAAGGAUGUAUUGUACGCUAUGGCGGGUGGGGUCGUUGCUGGAAUUUAG